UUUCAGGACAAUGACAUCAAAAUAAUGACAUCAAAGUACGGCCAGACCAGGUGCUCACGCUCGAUUCAGUAUAAAAUGUCUCCACGAUCGUUGAGUAGAGAUCUCCCAGUUCUUUCCAAGAAUCCGCCCAACUCAGAUCAAUACCAAUCUUUGAAUCCAAGAUGUCUACCCAGCACCAGAAAGAUGAUGUGCCUACCUACACUCUCGCUGAGGGUUGCCCGGUAGCCGAUCCUACAACCGCUGUGCGUGUCGGCAACAGUCCGGUCAAGGGGUUGAUCCUUCUUCAGGAUACUCAACUCAUCGAAACUUUGGCCCAUUUCAGCAGGGAGCGCAUUCCCGAGCGUACAGUCCACGCGUCUGCCGCAGGUGCAUGGGGGGAAUUUGAAGUCACUCACGAUAUCUCGCACCUCACAUCUGCCAAGUUCCUCAACGGUAUUGGGAAAAAGAGCAAGGUACUUGUGAGAGUCUCGACUGUAGGUCCAGAGAGAGGACAUGCAGAGACUGUGAGGGAUGUUCGAGGGUGGGCAAUGAAGAUCUUCACUGAGGAAGGCAACCAGGAUUUUGUGUUCAACAGUAUUCCUGUGUUCUUCGUCAGAGAUCCGAUCAAGUUUCCUUCCAUGAAUCGGUCUCAUAAGCGCCAUCCCGCGUCAAACCUUUCUGAUUCUACCAUGUUUUGGGAUUUCCAUAACAACAACCAAGAGGGCAUUCAUGCCCUUAUGAUGCUAUUCAGUAACCGUGGAACUCCUGCAUCCAUUCGAAACAUCCACGCAUUCAGUGGCCACACUUACAAGCUUACAACUGACGAUGGCUUUGUUUACGUCAAAAUCCAUUUGAAAUCAGAUCAAGGCAUCAAGAAUCUUACCCAACAGGAAGCAGAGCGCCUCGCCGGACAAAACUCAGACUACCACACUGCCGAUCUGUACAAUGCCAUUGCGUCCGGGAACUACCCGACCUGGACCAUGUAUCUCCAGGUCAUGACACCAGAGCAAGCGGAGAAUUAUCGCUGGAAUAUUUUCGAUAUAACUCAUAUUUGGCCUCAUUCCGAUUUCCCACUUCAGCCAGUGGGAAAGUUGACUCUAAACCGAAAUCCAACCAACUAUUUCGCAGAUAUAGAACAGGCUGCAUUCUCUCCAUCUACUAUGGUUCCCGGCAUUGCCCCAACCGCAGAUCCCAUGUUACAAGCACGAAUGUUUGCAUACCCAGAUGCCGCCCGCUACCGCUUGGGGGUGAAUUAUCAACAGCUCCCGUGCAAUGCCCCUGUUAGCCAAGUCUACACGCCGUACCUACGCGACGGAGUUAGACACGACAACAACUUUGGUGGCGAUCCAAACUACGUCGGUUCUAAGCUCAGGCCAAUACAUUUCAAGGGACGAGUUGGAGCGAACGGUUAUUCGCCAGGCGGACAUGAAGAAUGGGUGGGACGGGUGUCCUCUUAUUCCUCCGAGGUUACCGAUGAGGACUUCAUCCAAUCGAGGGAGUUGUGGAAAAUCAUGGGCAAGACUAACCAGCAAAAAGACUUUGUGCACAACGUUUCCGUGCAUCUCAAGAGUGCAUUGCCUGAAGUGCAGGCGGGGACCAUCAAAAUGUUCGAAAGAGUAGAUCCGGAACUUGGCGCAUCGAUCAAGAAGGCUUUGUCAAGCGGCUCAACCCUUAGUUAAAGGAAGCAGAUACCUAGACUAGAA